AUGCAGAAGAUCCUCCAAGCCGGCCUCUCAUCAGGCAUGUCAGCCGUCUCGGGGUACCAUUCCUCGAAACCAGAACCGCUUCCGGAAGAUUAUGAUGGCCUUCAGCAUGUGCUUCCCGACAGCUUUGUACCACAGUUGAAUACCCGAUACACGCUGCGCGGCAAAGACGGACGAGACGUCCAGGUGCCCGUGGUCUGUUGGGGAGCAUGGUCCUGGGGCGACACCAGUACUUUCCACUGGUCUGACGACGAACUUCCAGCUCUGCAGGCGGCAUGGAAGAAAUGUUUGGAAAACGGGCUUACCUUUGUCGACACAGCGCAAGUGUAUGGGAGUGGAAAGAGCGAAAAGAUCCUAGGGGAUCUGAUCAACAACCACAGCGCCGGCUUCGACCGGUCGCGCAUCGUCGUCCAGACCAAAUGGCUGCCCAACAUCACUGAUGGGGCAACCAACAUCAUUCACCCGGUCGAAGCGCCAGUCAGGGAGUUGCGCAAUACUCUGGAGCGCAUGAACUUGGACUACAUUGACUGCUACCUCGUGCAUGGACCUAUUCAUGUCAGCUCAAGCAAGCAGGCUGCAAAGGGGCUGGCGCAGUGUGUUGAGGAGGGACUGACCAAGACUGUGGGCGUCGCCAACUACUCGGUCGAGGACAUGUUGAAGAUGAAAGAUGCCUUGGCCGAGUAUGGUAUCCCUCUCGCAACAAACCAGUGCGAGUACUCGAUCUUGCGCCGGUUGCCGGAGCUCGAGGGUAUGCUCCAGGCUUGCAAGCAACAUGACAUAGUGUUCCAGUCGUACUCCUCCAUUGCUCAAGGCCGGUUGUCUGGAAAAUAUUCAAAGGAGAAUCCGCCACCAAAGGAGUAUCGCUUCAGCAGUUACGACAUGGAACAUGUCGAACCUGUCCUCGAGGUCCAGCGUCGCCUCGCUAAGAAAUAUAACGUCACUGUGGCCGCCAUCGCGCUGAACUGGAAUAUCUGUAAGGGAGCGAUCCCUGUCGUGGGAAUGAGAAAGGAAAGUCAAGCCGUUGAGGAUAUGCAGGCUCUAGGCUGGAGGUUAACGAGGGAAGAGACUGCCGAGCUCGACAAACACGGAUUCAAGGGGAACACAACGAAGUUGUGGCAGCAAGGAUGA